CCGGGGUGGGCGGGGCGCCCGCGCUCUCGCGAGAUCUCCCCGAGGGGGCGCGGAGCUGGCGAGAAGGACGCGGCGGGGCGGUGCUUCCUCGGCUGCUCGGCUUCCAGGCGGCGGAGCCCGCCGAGCCCAGGUCUUCCACUUCCGCCGGCCGCUGCAAGGAGCGGAGCCCGAAGAAGUCGGCGGCCGCCCCGCAGCCGCGCGUCCGCCUCCCGCCCUCGCCUUCCCUCGGAUUCGAGCCGGCCGUCCCAGGCUCCGCUCUGCCGAGCCCGCAGCCCACGCCGCGGCCGACAUGAGCUUCUUGUUUGGUAGUCGCUCUUCGAAAACUUUUAAACCAAAGAAGAACAUCCCAGAGGGUUCUCACCAGUAUGAGCUCUUAAAACAUGCAGAAGCCACACUUGGCAGUGGCAACCUGCGGAUGGCCGUCAUGCUUCCUGAGGGAGAGGAUCUGAACGAGUGGGUUGCAGUUAACACUGUGGAUUUUUUCAAUCAAAUCAAUAUGCUUUAUGGAACCAUCACAGACUUCUGUACAGAGGAGAGUUGUCCGGUGAUGUCAGCUGGACCAAAAUAUGAAUAUCAUUGGGCAGAUGGAACAAACAUAAAAAAGCCUAUCAAGUGCUCUGCACCAAAGUAUAUUGAUUACCUGAUGACCUGGGUUCAGGACCAGCUAGAUGAUGAAACGUUAUUCCCAUCAAAAAUUGGUGUUCCAUUCCCGAAGAAUUUCAUGUCCGUGGCAAAAACAAUUCUCAAACGACUCUUUAGAGUUUAUGCUCACAUUUAUCACCAACAUUUUGACCCUGUGAUCCAGCUUCAGGAGGAAGCACAUCUCAAUACAUCUUUCAAGCACUUUAUUUUUUUUGUUCAGGAGUUCAACCUUAUUGACAGAAGAGAACUUGCACCACUCCAAGAACUGAUUGAAAAACUCACCUCAAAGGACAGAUAAAAGGAUGAAAGCCGUUAAUUCUUCCUCCAGUGAAGCUGUGAGGGGUUUAUUUGGGCUUUGUUCUAUUUUGUUUUUAUCUGGAUUGUUUGUGUUUUAGGUUUGGGGGCUUGCUUGGGUUCCCUUUUCUCUUCUGAAUAUAUAAAAUUAUAUUUUGUUGCUAGAGGAAGCCAAGAACCAUUCUCUACACUUGAAAGGGGCAAAUUUUAUCUUAGUGGUGUACAGUAUUUUUUUUAAUACUUUAUUUUUAUUAACCUGGUUUUGGUUACUUGAGGACUUUUUAUGAUAUUGUACUCUGGACACAAAUACUAACUGAUUGAAAUGCCGAUGGGUUGGAUUCUGUGUUGUGUAAAUUGUGGCCCACUUUGAAGUCCCUAAAACAGACUUAUGUGUUUUUAAGUGCCUUGAUAGGCUCACUUCUGAAGUGCAAAGCACAGAUAUAGGACUGAGCAGAGCUUGAAACAAUAUUAGAAUUUCUAUCUAGGGCACUUACUUGUGCAUGUUGUAAAGUAAUCUGUUAUAAAAGCCAUAGUUUACUCAAGUUGAUGAUGUCCCACUUUUACUACAUUGAAAAAACAUAAUUUGUAAAGGUGUGCAUGUAGAACAUAAAUGUAAGACAACAAUUAUUUCUUAAUUAUUUUUGACAUAAUUUGUAAAGGUGUGCAUGUAGAACAUAAAUGUGAAACAACAAAAUUCUUAAUUAUUUUUGAUAUUGACUAAUAUAUUCUGUUCAACAGAUGUUUAAAGUUCUACAAGCAGGUCUUUUUCCAUCUCUCAAUAUCUGUGAUAUUGACAUUUGAGGAUGUUGAAAUGUAAUAGCUAUUGCAUUUCAGCUUCUUUCUACAUGUUAAGUGCACUGUAAGUGUAAAACUUCAGGUUAUUUAUGGAAUUGCCAUCUUGAGAAAGGAUGCUGAACUGUGAGGUUUCCCAGCAGUUGCCAAAUGAGCCAUAAGUGCAGAAUCCCCUUGUACAUCAAAGAGGAAGGAAAAAUGAGAAUGGUUAGUGGCAGGCAUUAGUUUAUUUGGGAAAUCAAAAGAGAAAGGAUUAAGUAUGGGGAGUCAGAUUCUAGAAAGUCCCGUUUUAAAACCCUGGAAUAGAAUGGUGUUUAUUACUUAUAAACAGUCUUGAAGACUUCCUUUUAGAAGUCAGCUUCCAUGAGAAGUUAAAAAUAAAUACUUAGUUUUAGGUACAAACAUUCAACAUGGAAUAUAAUGACUAUUUGGGGGGAAAUUAAUCACUUUUUAGCAUUUCCAUUCAGUGAAUGGAGCUGAUAUUUGCCUGUCAUUUUAAAUGAUACACUACCUUGAUUAUUGGUGCAGUUUGAAGCAUCCUGACUUAUUUUUCCACUGUGAAAUCAAGUAAUAAAAAUACUAGCUCGGUAGUUAAUAACUUUUAAAUUUCAGUUGACAUGACAUUCUGUUGAAUUGUCAUCAUCAUUUACAAGAUUGGGAAUUUGGUUUUUAGAAUUAAUAUUGAGGUUCCCCCCCCCCCCCCCCCCGAUCAGUUUUGUUCUUGAGAAAUACGCUUUUCAGACUCUGAGUUUUAAUUUUGUCAGUUUGGAUAAAUUGUUUCCUUCAAUUCUCAUUCUCUCUCUGUCUCUGUGUGUAUGUAUGUGUGUGUAGUUAGAGACACAUACCUUUCCUCUAGUAAAAUAGAAAUGUUUGCUGUGAAUUUGUAUGCAUAUACUUAGUGGAAAAGAGGCUAAAAUGAAGUAAAAUUGGUUUUGUCAUUAACAAGUGAACGAUGAUAGAAUUGAAUGCCCUUGCAAUUAUGAUCACUAGGAACUGCCUUUUUCUCCAUUUCAUUUCUGUGAUGGCCAUUGCUCACCAAGUACCAAUAAUAAAAGGAACAAAAGAGCUUGGAAAAGGUAGAAAAUACUGGGCAUUUAUUAGUAGUGCUUAUUUAUGAACUGACAGCUAACUGAUUUCCUUAAAAUAAUUUUUUUAGUAUCUAAAUAGGUAAUAUCAAGCAUUAUGAGUUGCUUUAGAAUUCUGAUGUUUGAGUCCUCUCUGUACAGGAAAUGAAGCGCAUAAUUACUCACUGAAAGUCUUCCAUAGUGUAUUUGACUUCAUAUCACCCUAAUAACUAGGGGCUUCCGUAGUGAGAGAUAAGAGUGAGAGGUUGUUUCUGGUCCUUUAAGCCUUACAUACAGUACGCUGUAAGAAUGGCAAACUAUUCCUAGAAACUAGUGGUUGGUAGUAGGACUUAGCUUCCCACUACCCUAGGUAGGAGUUACUUUCACUGUGCCAGAAUCUCAGGUGCCACGGUUCCAAGUAGUCCCUCAAUUUGGGGAAAUAAGGAGGGGUAGGGGUGUGUGUGUGUGUGUGUGUGUGUGUGUGUGUGUGUGUGUGUGUGUGUGUGUGUAGAAAGAGUAGAAGUUCUUCUGGGGAAAGGCCUGGCAUGUGUACAUGGUGGUAGAUGACUAUAAGUAAGGAAACGCUAGAACAAAAGUGAAAGUCAGUUUAAUAAAAACUUGCUCUGAAAGUAAAAUGCCCUUUUAUAAAAUAAGGAUGAAAGUUUAUUUUUCAGGAGAGCUUGCUUAUAAAUGUCUGUUAGAUUCUUUUUAGAUCUGUUAAUUUUUUUUUUUUUUUUUUUUUGGUUUUUUGAGACAGGGUUUCUCUGUGUAGCUUUGCGCCUUUCCUGGGACUCACUUGGUAGCCCAGGCUGGCCUCGAACUCACAGAGAUCCGCCUGGCUCUGCCUCCCAAGUGCUGGGAUUAAAGGCGUGCGCCACCCCCCAGCUAGAUCUGUUAAUUUAUAAACAAAUAAUUAUCUCUCCUUUCUUUCUUUCUUUUUUUUUUGAGACUGGGUCCCUCUAUGUAGCCCUGGCUAGCCUGGAGACCAGGCUAUAUAGACCAGGUUGGUCUCAAACUCAGAGAUCCCUUGCCUCUGCACCCUACAUGCUUGGAUUAAAGGUAUGUACCACCACACCUGGCUACCCCAUUUUUUAUACAGUUAAAAAGUGCAAGUUAUUUUUUUUUCAUUCUUUCAUAAGCUCAUCCCAUACAAUUUGAAUGUAGUAAAUUACCAUUAUAUUGUUAUGCACAGUGCUUUGGUUAAAUGGGGAUAUGAUGAGAGAAGUUUUAGGAAUGAUUUAGUUGUCAGAGCAGUGGUGGUGAAGAGACACUGACGGGAAUGUCUGUCCUUAGCAGUAGGUGGCGCUGCUGGCCUCGUUCACACUUUGACUUGGUUCUUCCAAUUCCCACAAAAGCUGUGCCCUUUAGACUGCCCCACACAGUGCACAUGUGUGUGUUGAUGGGUGGCUUUGGAGCUCUGUGUACCUUGAAAUGAAAGAUUUAGGUUGUUGCCGCUUUUUAACUCUUAGUCAUUGUAAAUUGUAAAUGGGUAGCAGAGUAUAUUUUUAGUGUUUAUUUCUGACUGAGUUACUACCUGGAUCAUCAGGAUGGAUGAAGCACUACAGUCCCUUCCCAGAAGAUAGAAAUAUGGAUAUUUAUAUUUUGCAUAUGUAAUUACUAGAUUCCAUUUUAUGUAAUGAGCAUUUUCCUUACGUAUAGGAAAAGUAGCAAAACAGAUUUCUUUUGUAGCUUUGUCUACACCCUCUCUGAGAGAGGUUUUGAUAACCACUGAAAUGGUAGAUUAUGUGAGCUACAAAUACUAAGUUGUGGAACUUUCUUUUAAAAUGAGUAUGUUGUACGUUAAUUAACAUCCAACUGAGAGUUGACUUUCAAAGCAGUUCUCUUUGGAGCACUGUUUAUUUCAGCUAGGUUGCAAAGUAUGUUUCUAGAACUUGGUAAUGUGUCAUAGGUGCUUUGAGAAUUGGCUUAUGACUAUGUAAGAAAAAUCAGUUUCAUCUUUUUAGUUGCACAAAAACAGUUUUCGAAGCUUAGUAGAACCCACAUUAAUUACCAAAUCAAAUUCACUAACUUGACUAUUCUCUGAGUACCAAGCCAGUGUUUGGUAAUCAAGAGUAUAUUUUAGGCUCUAAAUCUUCAGAGAAGACGGCUACAGACAUUGACUGCAUCACAGAAUAGAAUAGUUUCCUGAUGUCACUAUUGGAAGUGGGAACCAUCAUUUACAUGUGAAAACAUUUUUUUUAAAAGAGAUUCAGUUUAAUUACUUUACAUUUAAAUAGCAUUUUAAAACUAAGGUCUUUCUCUUGAACUUGCUUUCUGUUUUUUCCCCCUCCCUUUUCCUUAAAACAUUUGAAUUGUAUAGGAUAGUUUUUAUUGAGAGAAUAGUAGGGAAACGUGGAUCCAGUAUUUCAUACAGCAAUUUAAAGAAACAAAGCCUUUACCUCUGUUUUAUUUUAAACAGGUUUUUCUUUCAAUCUGACUUUAAAGACUGGAGAUUGAAAAUUGGAAUAAAUUUUAUUAAAUUAUGCCAAGUUUUAGCCUUCCUAUCAUGAAUAGCAUUUAAAAUCAUGUAAGUAUUCAGCACAUAUCAUUCAUAACAUUAAAUUCUAAUUGUCCUUUGAAUAUAUACUGGACCAAAAGUUUAUUUGUAAUUUGAAAUGUGAUUGCAUACUAGGUAAACAUCUUAUUUUGAAACUUACUUGAUAUGUUAAAAGAAUAUACCACUUACAAACUCAGCUCAGUCUUUAAGUAUUGCUUCUAAUGGACUUUAAGCAUUAGGACUUUGCCAUAACAGAGAUUUACCCUAGGGGCCACUGUUACCAGCAUGAUUAUAUGUGAGUGAUAAAUAGAGUAGAGGUCUGUUUCAAAAUUUAAUAGGGAAAGUUCAAUAUUAAAUAACGAACAUGCAGCAGGAUUCUGAAUGCAAAUGAUUGGAAUUUUUAAGGUUUUCCUCAGAAGUUCAUCUGUAAGAAUUCAUUUUGAAGGUCUAAGACUGCCAUGCUCUGUCUACCACUUAUAGUUGGACUUAUUUAUAUUCUGACAAAAGAAAAAAAUACAAACUAGCCGGGCGGUGGUGGCGCACGCCUUUAAUCCCAGCACUCGGGAGGCAGAGCCAGGCGGAUCUCUGUGAGUUCGAGGCCAGCCUGGGCUACCAAGUGAGUUCCAGGAGAGGCGCAAAGCUACACAGAGAAACCCUGUCUCGAAAAACCAAAAAAAAAAAAAAAAAAUACAAACUAAAAUAUUUGGUCCUCAGUUUUGUAAGUGUGGUGCAGUUCCUGGUGCAGGUUUCCUCUCCUCCCCUCCUCUCACCUCUCCUCUCUUUUCUCCUCUCUUCUCCCCUCUUCUCUCCUUCCCCCUCCCCCCUCCCUCUUUCCUUUCCUUCUCUUUUGCAUAUAUUGCUGCAUAGUUCUCAAACAUGCAGUAAGUGAAAUCACUUGCCUUCACAGAUUUGUGUUUUCCCACUCAGCAUCUGUCGUGUACGCCCGCUCACAUGCACUCACGGCUGAUUUACAGUUCGUUAGUCAUUCUGAAAUGUUGUCCACACACAGGUUUUCUUUUUUGCUGGACAGUCUCUUUAUGUCACCAAAGCUGCAGUGACAGUUUCCUAACUUCUCCCUCAUAAUUAUUCUUAGAGGUGGAUAGUUCUUGUCGUGUUGCACAAAUUUGCAUUUUUGUUUCUGAAAUAGUUGUAUAGGUUGUAAAAUAUAUUAGUGCAUUUUCAUUUCAGAACACUUCUCCUUAAAUUGUUUUGCAGAAAUGACUAUUUUUAGGGAAAAUACUUUUUUACAGCUACUAAAUUUUAUUUGUUAUUUUUGUAUAUGCAUAACCAGGGUGGUGAAAUCACUAAUAUUUUACGGAAGACCUUUGCUCUAUUUGAUUUUUUUCCUAUAUAUUUAAGAUAUUACUUAAAAUUAUUAGUAGAAAUAAUGUCAUGAAAACAGCCAAUAAUAAGGAACAUUUAAAGUCAGAGUAGAAAUCAUUUCUGAAGACAAAAAUCCGAAAAACUGCCAGUACCAAGUAAUGGAAGCAGAAGGACAGCAUUCAAGUUGUGCACUUGCUUAAGAGAUGCACGGAGACAAGAGUCUGUUCUCAUCAGGGGACAGGUUCUCUAGUAAGGUAGUUAGAUGGGACGAAAAUGGUCUAAAAUAUGAAAUGCAACAUGGGCGCCAUAUUGUAAAUUGUGCCAAGAUUAUGCAAAUUGUAGUUACUAUCAUAGUUUAAUUGCUUCAUUAUUGUUAUUUUAAAGGAAAUACUGAAUGUCAGAAAAUCUGUAAUAUGUUUUAUUUGAGAGAUGUAAAUAAUGUAUACAGUCUUAUAUGUGGUGGAAUGGGAGGUAUUUAAAUUCUAGGUUUUUCUUUUUUUUUUUUUUUUAAGGAAGAAAAUGUUUAUAAGCAA